AUGGAGCGGUCUGUUCUCCGCCAGAACGAGCGGUUCCAGCUCAGCUACGAACUCCCUCACGAAGCCUACACGUCGCACGUCUAUCCCCGACAAUCGUCGAACGGUUCUACGGUGAUAAUAUAUGGACACGAGCGAGGCUUGCGUCUCGUAUGGUAUGGAGGAAGGUCUUUCAAGCCGCCCAGACAACAUGCGCCUCCUGCGAAAGUCAAUGGAGCGGCCAAGUCUGAUGCCAUGGUCAUCGACCUCGACGACGACGACGAUGACGAAGAGCCAGCCGCGAAACACGAACAAGUCCCACCGGCAGAGUUUGAAGAGUACGAGGACGAAGUCGACCCUUCUGCACCUUAUGGCGACGUUCUUCGAUAUAUCGAUAUUCCACUAGGCACCGCAGUGCUGCGACUGGCGACACCACAUGUUCCCAAGGACGUCGCGCAGGCGCCCACCGGAUCAUGGCCUUCCAUCUUUCUCGACCGAAUCGUGGUGGCCGUCGCUUCUCCAGACUCUGCUAUUCACGUCAUAUCAGCUCCUCUCGACCCGCCUUCUCCUGAGGUCAAAGAUGUCUCAAAACUUGACAUUCAAACAUACAGGAUCUUCGGCCCCAAUUCUCAUCCGGACUUCAUCUCUGACAUUGCAAUCACCCAUACCAAGGCUGUGCCGGAUGAUACAGAGGACGAGGCGCAACUACGACCCAAGACCGAGCAGAGUUCCACCGACCCAGAUGCUGCGGGAUGGUUGCUCCUCGUCGCAUCAGUAUCGUGUACAGGAUCAGGAUUAUUGCUCGUGCAUCAGAUUCCACUACAAAGCGACAAUAGGCUCCCUGCGAAAACAAAGCGUGCGCACCCCAUCCGAAGACAAUACCUACCCUUUUCUGCCAUGAGUGCGAAACUGGCCUUCAACACCUGCCCGUAUCCCGCCGAACGACAUUCCACCCUGCUGAUCACCCUCCCUGCCGCCUCGUGCGUCAAGCUGUAUCAAAUUUUUCCCACCUACACCCGAGAACGCAGAGGGUCUACCGCCACAAUAGAUACCGUGUCAAGCAACCGCUCGGCACGGAGUGCUGUGGGCGGGCGUGGGAAGUUCCUCAUCACAUUUCUCCCGUCAUUCAACCAGGAUGAUGACGAGAUACUAGUCCCAAGAAGGAAGCGAGUGCUGGAUGCCCAAUGGAUUGCCGGUGGCCGGGCCGUCAUCGCACUGCUCGAGGAUGGAGAAUGGGGGAUUUGGGAUCUCGAAGCCGUCGGACCGACAUCGAACAGCGCAGGGAGCAACCUGAUCCGAGGCCAGGGAAACAUCUCGGGAAUACAAGGCGGAUCACUGACCGCGUUUGCCACGCGCUCCAACAUUUUCCAAACAGCAGAACGGAAACAGAAGCCCAUCAACGCUGGAACCCAACCCGCGACAGGCUCCUUGGUCCCCAUGACCCCUUCAACGCGGAAAACGCGAUCGGAGAGCCUGUUCCACGGACAGCCGGGAACCGAUAACUCGAAGGUCGCGAGACCAUCCAGCCAACCCGGAAGAGGAAGCAUCUGCGUCGAGGACAGAUUGUCGAACCGAGGACGCGACGAGUCCGUCAUGAUCAACUAUGCAGAUGGAAUCGUCUACAUGCCUUCGAUCCUCUCGUUUUGGAAAUCGGAAGCCAAACCGACCCGACUUCCCGCCGUCAGAUACGGAGGCCAGCAGCUCCGUUCCAUUGGCCUCGUCCCGAAAUCCGACAACACCGACAACAGCGACUCGCCCGGCUUGUUUGGCCUUGCGUCUUCGAUCCCCAAUUUCCUCGUUCAGACGGAUCACCGCCUCAUUCUAUCCUUGAAUCCCCUUCCGGAAGUAUCCACCAGCGAUGCGGCCACGCAGACGCCGGCCGAUCCUGCUCCGCAGACGACAUAUCAGGCUCUGCUCGCUGUCGGGGAUCUGGACGUUGACGGCAUGGAUCGGAUUCUUGAAGACAUGGGCGCCGCCGACGCCUCGAAACCAAGGCCGAUGAAUCUCUUCACUAGGAGUGUGGGAUUCCGGAUCGACGAAGAUGUGGACAUGGGAUCGCCCACGCCUUCGAAGUACCCUCGGCGCAUGCUUGGGAAUGGCCUGACUGCUCAGGCAUCGCAGAGACGGGUGUUCACAUAA